UGUCCCUCGCGGGCUGUCGUCCGUGUUGAGUCCAGGCUGUGCUGCAGAAACACGUGUGUAACAUGAUGGAGUUCGAGGGCUGCAGCUGCUUCAGACAGAGGCUCGUUUUAUCCACACUGAGCGGAAAACGAGUGAAGAUACGGAACAUCAGAUCCAAAGAUGACAAUCCCGGCCUGCGAGAAUUUGAAGCGAGCUUCAUCCGGCUCCUCGACAAGGUGACCAACGGCACGAGAAUCGAAAUCAACCAAACCGGAACGGUGUUGUUCUAUCAGCCGGGGCUGCUGUACGGCGGAUCCGUGGAGCACGAGUGUAACGUCCAGCGCUCUGUGGGGUAUUAUCUGGAGGCUCUGCUGAUGUUGGCCCCGUUCAUGAAGACCCCGCUGAAAGCCGUGCUGAAGGGCGUCACCAACGACCCCACGGACCCGUCGGUGGAUCUUCUGAAGAUCACUGCCAUUCCUCUGAUGAAGACGUUUGGGAUUGAUGGAGACAGUCUGGAAAUAAAGGUGGUGAAGCGCGGCAUGGCUCCUGGAGGAGGAGGUGAGGUGCACUUCACCUGUCCCGUCCGCCGCUCCAUGAAACCCGUGCUGCUCACAGAUCCGGGAAAAAUCAAGAGGAUCCGAGGAACAGCAUUCUCUGUGCGAGUGUCUCCUCAGAUGGCCAACAGAAUCGUGGACGCCGCCCGGAGCAUCCUAAACAAAUUCAUCCCAGAUAUUUACAUCUACACGGACCACAUGAAGGGACUGAACUCUGGGAAGUCUCCGGGGUUUGGCCUGACGCUGGUGGCCGAGACGGUGAACGGCACGUUUCUCGGAGCAGAGGUCAUGUCGCCGCCGCAGGGUCAGGGAGAUCCGGUGCUGCCGGAGGAUCUGGGCAGAAACUGUGCCAAACUACUGCUGGAGGAGAUCUAUAGAGGCGGCUGUGUGGAUUCAACCAAUCAGAGCUUGGCUCUCUUGUACAUGACGUUAGGCCAACAGGACGUCUCUAAAACUCUGUUAGGACCGCUCUCGCCCUACACGGUCGAGUUCCUGAGACACAUCCGAGACUUCUUUCAGAUCAUGUUCAGGAUCGAACCACAGAAGCCCGGAGAAGACGAAUGCAAAGGAGGAGAGAAGAUCCUGAUGACGUGCGUCGGAGCCGGUUACAGCAACAUCAGCAAAUCCAUCAAAUAAAGACUCAACGGGACUCAAUGUUUAUAGCAUUUUUAUAUUUUGCCAUGGAAUGAUGACAUUCCCAAGUUCUUUAAUGAAAAAAUGUCUUUCUUUUGUAUCACUCUGAGGCAUUUUUGUGCUUCACAAAGCAUUUUUUAAAAUUGAAGUUGGAGAAAUAAACCUGUGUGCUGUU